AUGGUCGCUGGGGAAGGCAAAGGCGCUUGUCCCGACCAAGGUCCACCUAGCUCCAUCCAAUCAGAUCGAUCUGACGUUGUCCCCAUGACGUUCUCCCUCCGAACCCAGCCCCGUUCGUUGCUCACCACCUACCAACCAAAGCCACUCGCAGGAACCACUUCUCUAUCACCUCCCAUCAUCCUCACGCUAAACAUCGAACCUCGGACGCCGACGAGUACGCACCGAGCAUCAUCAACGACAUCGAGACCGCCGUUGUUCGCCACAGCUGUCAUCGCCUUCCUCUCCGCCGGUCUCGCACCGGCUGGUGCCAGCGUCCUGGUCCAGAGAGACCAGUCCGUCAUUGUUAACGAUGACCUCAAGGUCCCCGGCGACUCGCCUUUGGAGCUCUGCCCCAAGUCCCAUGAUGAGGACAUCGUCACAAUCGACAGCGUAGACCUCUCUCCCAACCCUCCUCAGGCUGGCAAGGAGCUCGUCAUCAAGGCUUCCGGCACCGUCAGGCAGAACAUCGAGAAGGGCGCCUACGUCCUUCUCCAGGUCAAGUACGGCCUCAUCCGCCUUAUCAGCACCAAGGCGGACCUCUGCGAGCAGAUCGAGAACGUCGACCUCGAGUGCCCCAUCGAGAAGGGUGUUCUCACCGUCACCAAGUCUGUCGAGCUUCCUAACGAGAUCCCCUCCGGCAAGUACACCGUCUUUGCUGACGUUUACACCGCCGAUGACGUCCCCAUCACUUGCUUGACCGCUCAAGUCGUUUUCUCGCGCAACACCAAGAGCUUCUUCAGCUUGGAGCUUUAA